GAAGGAAGAGGUGCGUUUCCUAAAACCCUAACGAAACCCUUCUCAAGUUUCUUUGAAGCGAAGGUCAGGCAGAUACCCACAAGAAAGUAGCCGCCGGCGAGUUCCGCCGCCUCCGCCGCCGCCUCCAUGAGUCUCAUAGCCGGCUCCUAUGAAAGAUUCAUUUGGGGGUUCAAGCUUAGACCCGCCGAAUCCCAAACUCUGUCGCUAACCCCUAUUUUCUCCUACCCUUCCCAUAUUUCCGCCAUCAGAACCCUCGCCGCCGCCGGCCCCAUCGCUGCUUCCGGUGGCGCCGAUGAUACCAUCCACCUCUACGACCUCUCUACUGCUCUGUCCACCCCUCUGGAAAGCUCGCGUUGACUGUGGGUCGCGAUGAUUGCUUGGCUAUGAUCAAUUUGGUUCGGGGAAGGAGGAGUUUCUAUUGCAGGUUGGGGAGAGAGGCUAGUUUGGUGAAGUUUGAUGUGGGCGGGGAUAAGUUUUUCAUGGUCAUGGAGGACAAGGUAUCGGUGCAUGAGGCAGAGGAUGCGCGGCUGCUGUGCGAGUUCGAGAACAAGAAGCGGGUUCUUUGUGCCACGCCUUGCGAGAACGGAAUUCUGCUUACCGGUGGAGAGGACCGCUGUCUUACGGCAUGGGAUGUAAAAAGUGGGAAGGUGGCAUAUUCUAUAGAAGAAGCACAUGCUGCCCGUGUCAAAGGGAUUGUUGUUCUCACAAAGAAUUCCUCUGGUGCUUUCUCUGAUGAUGAUCCACAUGUAGUUGCUUCUGCAUCGACUGAUGGAGUUAUACGCAUUUGGGAUGUUCGCAUGGCAAUUAAGGACAAGCCAAAUCCAUUAGCUGAGGCAAAUACAAAAUCAAGGCUAACUUGUCUUGCUGGAUCGGCUCUUAAAUCUCUUAGGCGACCACAGGUUGGGAAGAACACAUCAGAUGAAGGGCAGUGUGUACCGCCAAAUGCCACUGACAACAAUGAGAUGGCUGAAUAAGGAAACUAAAUAACAUACAUUGAGUUGGCUGAUUAUUAGAUGCUGCUGGUGGUUGGAGGGGGGCGCCUUAUGCCGUGGAGAAUUGUUCUUUAUUUAGCUUCUCCCCUGUACACCUGCUGUAUUUAAGUUUUGACAUGAAAACAAGUGUUUAUAUUGAUUCGCAUAGGAAAUAUCAUUAAAUCUUUUCAGUAUUCAUAUUGAGGCAACGGCAAACAAAGUGGUGCUCUGUACCUGUAUUGUGUUUGAAAUGGUUAGUAAUAGACGGAAUUUUGAUAUGAAUAACUUCCAUUUUUAUGAA